CUAACGUCCUGGAGGGCGACUCCAUGGACCAGGACGUGGAGAGCCCGGUGGCCAUUCACCAGCCCAAGUUGCCGAAGCAGGCCCGGGACGACCUGCCCAGGCACGUGAGCCGCGACCGCAGCAAGAGGAAAAUCCAGAGGUACGUGCGGAAGGACGGCAAGUGCAACGUGCACCACGGCAACGUGCGCGAGACCUACCGCUACCUGACCGACAUCUUCACCACGCUGGUGGACCUCAAGUGGAGGUUCAACCUGCUCAUCUUCGUCAUGGUGUACACGGUCACCUGGCUGUUCUUCGGGCUGAUCUGGUGGCUCAUCGCCUACAUCCGGGGGGACAUGGACCACAUCGAGGACCCCGCGUGGACUCCCUGCGUCACCAACCUCAACGGCUUCGUCUCCGCCUUCCUCUUCUCCAUAGAGACGGAGACCACCAUCGGCUACGGCUACCGCGUCAUCACGGACAAGUGCCCGGAGGGGAUCAUCCUCCUCCUCAUCCAGUCCGUGCUGGGCUCCAUCGUCAACGCCUUCAUGGUGGGGUGCAUGUUCGUGAAAAUAUCUCAGCCCAAGAAGAGGGCGGAGACGCUGGUGUUCUCCACGCACGCGGUCAUCUCCAUGCGGGACGGGAAGCUGUGCCUCAUGUUCCGGGUGGGGGACCUGCGGAACUCGCACAUCGUGGAGGCCUCCAUCCGGGCCAAGCUCAUCAAGUCCAAGCAGACUUCCGAGGGGGAGUUCAUCCCCUUGAACCAGACGGACAUCAACGUGGGCUACUACACCGGCGACGACCGGCUCUUCCUGGUGUCCCCGCUGAUCAUCAGCCACGAGAUCAACCAGCAGAGCCCUUUCUGGGAGAUCUCCAAGGCCCAGCUGCCGAAAGAGGAGCUGGAAAUCGUGGUCAUCCUCGAAGGAAUGGUGGAAGCCACAGGAAUGACGUGCCAGGCCCGGAGUUCCUACAUCACCAGUGAGAUCCUCUGGGGUUACCGGUUCACGCCCGUCCUGACGCUGGAGGAUGGGUUCUACGAAGUUGACUACAACAGCUUCCACGAGACCUAUGAGACCAGUACCCCAUCCCUUAGCGCCAAAGAGCUGGCCGAACUGUCCAGCAGGGCAGAGCUGCCCCUAAGUUGGUCUGUGUCCAGCAAACUCAACCAACAUGCAGAACUGGAGACAGAAGAGGAGGAGAAGAACCUCGAAGAGCAAACGGAAAGGAAUGGUGAUGUGGCAAACCUAGAGAAUGAAUCCAAAGUGUAGCCCC